UAGUCAUUGAUUUCUCAUCAUUUCUUGGUUUUUGUCGGCAAGAUUCUUGAGUUGGCUAAAUAAAAACUUCAUUUUUUAAUUUUUGAUCUAGCAAUUCUGCCAAAGAAGAGCAAAAGUUCCUCAUCUUGAACAGAUCAUAGAUUGAAUGAAUGCAACAGAGUUCAAUUUGCUCUAAAUAAGGCAAAAGUAAGUUCUUUUUUUAUAAAUUGUUGAAUCCCCUUUGUAAUAAAACAAGUAUUCUAGUAUAGUGUUGAUGGCGGAUUUAGUUAAGCAAAUCUUGGCAAAUCCAAUUCAAUUAGCUGAUCAGGUGAUCCAGGCAGCUGAUGAGGCUGUUUUAUUCAGUCAAGAAUGUGCUGAGCUAAAGUCCAAGACUGAGAAGCUGAUUGUGCUGCUUCGUCAAGCAGCACGAGCCAGCAACGAGCUCUAUCAACGACCCAUGAGCCGAAUUAUUGAUGAUACUGAACAAACUUUGGAAAGAGCUAUGUCUAUUGUUACCAAAUGCUGCACUCAGGGACUAGUGAAGCGCGUAUUUACCAUCAUACCUUCUGCAGAUUUCCGUAACUUGUCUUCACAGUUAGAGAAUUCUAUUAGUAAUGUGUCGUGGCUACUCCGCGUCUCUGCCUCAGCUGAAGAGGGUGCUGAUAGGUACUUAGGACUUCCUCCUAUUGUUACUAAUGAGCCUAUAUUGUGUUUUAUUUGGGAGCAUAUAGCGAUUUUGUGUACUGGUUCGGUUAAUGAUCGAUCUGAGGCUGCUGCAUCGUUGGUCUCAUUGGUUAGAGAUAAUGAUCGGAACAGAAAAUUGAUCAUUGAAGAAGGUGGUGUAGGACCAUUGUUGAAAUUGUUGAAGGAAGGGAAAUCGGAGGGUCAGGAGAAUGCUGCAAAGGCAAUUGGAUUACUAGGAUGUGACCCUGGAAGUGUCGAACACAUGGUGAAUGCUGGGGUGUGUCUAGUUUUUGUGAAAAUCCUCAAAGAAGGUCUAAUGAAAGUUCAAGCAGUGGUGGCUUGGGCAGUUUCUGAACUUGCUGCACAUUACCCCGAAUGUCAAGAUGUUUUUCAUCAGAAUAACAUAAUCAGAUUACUUGUUAGCCAUCUCGCGUUUGAGACGGUUCAGGAGCAUAGCAAGUAUGCUAUUGUUAGCAAAUCCACGUCGAUUGAUGCUGUUCUUUCAGCUAGUAAUGUGAGUAGUGUGCACAAGGUGAAUGAGGAUGAUGAUAAUAGCCACAUUCCACAUCCUUUAGGAAAUAAGAAGCCUACUCAGAUGCACACUGUGGUUACUGCCACCACGGCUAUGCAAGCGUCUCAGCAGAUUCCGGUCAAUGAUGCAAACCAUACAUAUCAUCAGCAGAGUCUUUAUGCUACAGGGGUCAGUAAUAAAGGGCGAGAAUCGGAGGACCCUAAUACCAAGGCUUAUAUGAAGGCAAUGGCUGCAAGAGCUUUAUGGAAACUGGCCAAGGGAAAUUCAACUAUUUGCCAUAGCAUUACUGAUUCAAGAGCACUGCUUUGCUUUGCAGUACUCUUGGAGAAAGGGGAUGAAGAUGUUCAGUAUCAUUCGGCGAUGGCAGUAAUGGAAAUCACAGCUGUAGCGGAGAAAGAUCCUGAUUUGAGAAAGUCAGUGUUCAAGCCUAAUUCACCUGCUUGCAAAGCUGUUGUUGAUCAACUGUUGAGAAUCAUUCAGAAAGAAGAUUUGAACCUGCUUGUUCCAUGCAUUCAAUCAAUUGGGAAUUUGGCCACGACUUUUCGAGCUACAGAGACGAGGAUGAUUAGCCCAUUAGUAACGCUGCUCGAUCAACGAGAACCAGAGAUUUCAAAUGAAGCAGCCAUUUCCCUCAAGAAAUUUUCUUGCAAUGAGAACUACCUUCACCUGAAUCAUUGCAAGGCAAUAAUAAGCGCUGGAGGUGCAGGACAUUUGGUUCAACUUGUUUGCUUUGGUGAAAAAGUAGUUCAGUUUUCUGCAUUGCUUCUGCUAUGCGACAUUGCAUUGCACGUCCCUAAUAGCGAAGAGCUUGCUGAAGCCGAGGUGCUUUCAGUGCUCAAAUGGGCAUCAAAGCAGGCACACUUGAACCCAGAUGAAAAGACGGAGACAUUGUUGCAUGAAUCCAAAAGCAGGCUGGAACUCUACCAGUCCAGAGGAUCCAGGGGAUUCCAUUGAUUGCAUCAAAACUUGUGUAAAAAAAACUUCAGGGAUAUUCUAUGUAGGAAAAGGCACAGUAUCUGUUACUCUUGCAGUAUAUGAAUAAUCAUUUUCAUUGGCAUUCUAGUUUUUUCUUUCA